CACCACUAGUCCAUUACACCAUUUUUUUCUUACUAUCCUCUUUUUCUAUCUUACGGAGUAUUAUCUUCUUAUUCCCUCAAUAAAGGCCACAAUCUCUCUCAACUCAUUUGUUUGCUCAGUCUCUUUUCUUGUUCCUUAUGUGCUUUUGCUCUGUUUCUUCAAUUCAACCCCGAUUUCCAAAAAAUACCCAGAAACAGUAAUUAUUCAUUGGUUUAAUUAAAGAUUACCCAGCUAAAUUCAAGUUGAAUUGAACUACGUCAAUUUGGAGCUACUCAUUUGUUGCCAAUACUGAAUCCACAACCCUUUUUAUUGUUCAAACUUUCCCAUUUGAAAAAAAAUUGGAACUUCAGUGACGAAUAAGGAGUCCAUCCCUGGUGAUGCCAUUGGUGGUUCUCCAGCCAAGUUCAGUGACUCCAGCAUUAGGAGGGACUUCAUCUCAACUACAAGCAUGCCCUAUGAAUUCAGGCUACCUUAAUGAUUGUGUCUUGCUUAGUCGUAAUACUUUACCCGGUGUUUCCUACAGCAGAAAAUCAGAGUUUGUGAAGCUCAAUGGGUACUCUGAUCUUGGUUUUAUUAAUCAUUUGAAGUGUGGCAAUCUAUCCAAACUGUUAUUGAAGCAUAGAAUUCUGCCUCAAAGUUCAAGCCAUACUUCUUCUUUGGUCAUUAAGAAUGAUCAUCCCCAAAAUGCUGAUUUUCCUAAAUAUUACUCAAAGAGGGAAAAGAAGCCUUUUCCAAUUCCUAUAGUAGAGCUGAGGCGAGCAGCCAGAGAGAGAUUAAAGAAUAGCAGAGGUCAGCCUAGGAAACCUGUGCCACCACCAAAGAAUGGCCUGCUGGUGAAGAGCCUAGUACCAGUUGCUUAUGAUGUCCUGAAUGCGAGGAUUUUAUUGAUAAAUAAUUUGAAGAAGCUCUUGAAAGUUGUGAAAGUCCAUGCAUGCAAAGGCUGCAAUGAGAUCCAUGUUGGACCCGUCGGGCACCCUUUCAAGUCUUGUAGGGGUCCAGGAGCAUCAAGUCGGUAUGGUUGUCAUGACUGGGGAGGUGUUGUGGUGGAAGACAUUUUAGUCCCUGUGGAUUCUUACCAUCUGCAUGACCGUCUCAGGAAGCGUAUUGCUCAUGAUGAAAGAUUUUUGAUUCCUCGUAUCCCUGCUGUGGUAGAACUUUGCAUCCAAGCUGGAGUUAAUCUUCCAGAAUACCCUGUGAAGCGGCGAAGGAAGGCUGUUAUUCGAAUUGGGAAAAAUGAAUUUAUUGAUGCAGAUGAAAGUCAUUUGCCAGAUCCUGAACCAGAAACUCCCAGAGUUCCAAUAUUAUCUGAAAUUCCUGAUGCAGAAAUAGUACCCCCAUCAAGUGCUGAGGAAACUGUCUUACUCGCUGAAGAAACACUUUUAGCAUGGGAGAGGAUGAGAAAAGGAGCCAAUAAGUUGAUGAAAAUGUAUCCAGUUAGGGUAUGUGGGUAUUGCCCCGAGGUGCAUGUGGGUUCUUCAGGGCACAAGGCUCAAAACUGUGGAGCCUAUAAGCACCAGCAACGGAAUGGACAGCAUGGUUGGCAAAGGGCAGUACUUGAUGACCUAAUACCCCCAAGAUAUGUGUGGCAUGUGCCGGAUGUCAAUGGUCCUCCAAUGAAGCGGGAACUUCGAAGCUUUUAUGGUCAGGCACCUGCAGUGGUGGAAUUGUGUGUUCAAGCUGGGGCUGCAGUUCCUGAGCAAUAUAUGCCAACUAUGAGAUUAGAUAUAGGAAUUCCAUUAAGUGUUGAGGAAGCUGAAAAGGUGGUUUGAGUUUCAUGGACACCACGAACCAUGUCUAGAGUUGUACUUUUAGCAAAAGAAUGAUUCAGUAUCAUUAAGAUUUAAGAACUUACAGUUCUAUUGAUGCCUCACUGUAAGCUUAAGCAAUUCUGUCAGGUCUUGAUUGUGCUAAUAAAUUACAAAGUAUUUAUUAGUUACGAACAUUCUUCUGUGAGAUCA